GCCUCAGGUUGGUUUAGAGGACAAUAGAGGACAAUAGAGGUCACACCUGUGUCAUGUAGUGUACAGACCUCCACCAGCCUUCAGCCUCCCUCCACCAAUAGAGAUUUCCAAUCUGGCAACAUGGAAACCAGUAUGAAAUGUGUCAAAUACUUGCUCUUCGCCUUUAAUCUUUUAUUCGCGUUGUCUGGUCUUCUUCUUAUUAUCACAGGAGGUGUCGUACAGGGGGCGUACAGUGAAUACCUUGACUUCCUGGGGGACAGCUUCUUCAACACCCCGGUGUUCCUUAGCGUGGUUGGGUGCAUCAUUUUCUUCGUAGCUUUCUUCGGCUGCUGCGGGGCAAUCAAGGAGAAUCAAUGUAUGACCUUAACCUUUGGAAUUCUACUGGGCAUAAUCUUUCUUAUGGAAAUAGGGGCUGGCAUUGCAGCAUAUCAAUUAAAGGGACAGAUGAACGUACUGAUUGAGAAGAAUAUGGAGAAGGGAAUGAAGAACUAUAAACAGCCAGGAUACGAGGGAGUCACCAAAACCUGGGAUAUUAUUCAAAGAGAGAUGCGUUGCUGUGGAGCCCAAGAAUUCAGGGACUGGGGAAACACUACGUUCUCUGAGAAGACUAAUGUUCCUGAUUCCUGCUGUUUAUCGGAUAUUGUCGACUGUGGAAAGUCGGUGCUCACUGAAAAUGAUUCGAAGGCUGCUAUGAAGAUCCACCUUGGAGGAUGUUUUGAAACCUUCAGUACCCAGAUACAGGAGAAUGUUGCUGUACUUGGUGGAGUUGGUAUCGGGAUCGGGUUUAUGCAGUUUUUGGGGAUGGUGUCUGCCUUCUUGCUUGCCCGAGCCCUCAAGAAAGAAUACGAAACUGUUUAAACACAUUUAAAACCAUUUUAACAACAUGCUUUCUUUAACAAUUCCUUCUUGGAUACUUUUGCUUGACUGUAACAAUUUUUAAUCACCAAUUUAAUUCAAUAUAUUCAGAUUUUUUA